CAACAUGCCGAGCUCGUCCAGUGACCGAGCCGAAAAAGAAGAAAUAAACAUUAUAAAAUCUGUUUCUCAGUUUAUUGAUGAAAAUCUCACACUUGUCAGGAGCAUCAGCACAGGACUGGCAGUAGCCGGUGUGAUUGUAAUAUCACGGAGCAUCAGGCUGAUGACCAAAUUUGGCUCCCCGUCUGAGAUCCCGUCCCACUUCAUUGAGAGAAACGUCAGCAUCAGAGGAAAAGUCAAAAGUGUAACCGAGAGAGGGCUAGAGGUGGAACACAUCCCCAUACGUGUCCCCAUAUUGUCUGCUUUGCUGAGUAAACGUCAGGUCACGACCCCGCUGCGUGUGUGUUUGGCCGGGGUGGAUUUGACCCCGCAGGGCCGCGACUGGCUGACCGAGACUCUGAGGGAAGACAAGACGGUGUGGUUACGACUCGUCAGCCGUCAGGACGAGAGCCUCCACUGCCUGGUGUCGCUCAGCGGGAAUCUUCUGUUUAACACGUCUAUAAAUGAGAAGAUCCUGCUCUCGGGUCUGGGCAGGACGGCGCCUCUGCACGGCCUGGACCCUCACUCGCGUCUCUACCUGAGACUUCACAGACAGCUGCUGAAGUGUGAGCUCAGAGCUGAGAGGAAGGGCCAGGGCCUCUGGAAGGAUGAGAGUCUGAGAGAAAAGGUCACGCAAGCCAUCAGGAACAACAUCGUGAUCACAGCCGUAAGGAGAUUCCUGAAGUGGGUGUCGAGGACGAAGGACCAGUGAAGAGGAGAUGAUCAAUAAUAAACCUGAGCUCGGAUAUUAAAUAUGUUUUGAAUGUUUUUUUGUUUUUUUUAAACAGUUAAAGUCCCAUUUAAUUGUUUUUAAAUAGUUUAUGUUAAUACUGAGAUAUGGACCCACCCACUGAAGUGUUGCUUGUCUGAUAUGUAAGUCUGAUAAGUGUUGAGGUUAAUUUAUCAGCGCAGGUAACUCUCAAAUUACCUCACAGCGUUCAAGUCAAACCGGGAUGACAUUUACAGUGAGACUUCUGCACUAAUAAAAGUCUUGGUUUGACAUGAACACCA